GCGUGUAAAGCUCGGCGUCUACGACGCGACGACGUUCGACGAUCGCGGCACUAUUUUUCUUUCACAAUCCCGACGCUUUUCCGCGCCGAAUUACGCCUGCGAGAACGCUCGCACGCACGUGCUCAAUCGUGAACACGAAGCACGGCGCGAAUUCGCUGGCAUACGUGUUACAAACAAUGUUUUGUUGAUAGUAACAUAACCUGCACUAAGCGUCAUUGGCCUUCCAUGUCCAGCGCCUUUUUCACGUUAUUAGCAGAUACAUGAUACAAUGGGAAUAAUAGGAGUAGCUAUGAAUGCGUGGCUUUGAAGGAAUACAUGACUACAGAUCUUGAUAAGUACCACUGUCCACGAUGCGAAGCUAUGUGCGGCCCUUCUCUCAUGAAGACUAGGAUGAACUGGCAUAGACACGAUUAUACUGAACGCGAUGCAGAUACAAAACCUGUUCAAACUGGAACUCCUGUAUUUAUACGAGAACUGAAAUCUAGACACUUUCCCAAAGCUGAUGAAAUUGUGAAGCAUGUGAAAGGACAACACUUAACUCUUCAGUAUUUACAGACAAAUGGAUUUGAAACUCCUAUUAUCAUUGAUGGGAAAGAUGGACUUGAUAUAACCAUACCUCCUUUGAGUUUUAGCGUUUAUGAUGUUGAGACUUAUAUAGGUGGUGAUCGGGACAUGGAUGUAAUCGAUGUUACUAGACAAAGCAACAUACGUAUGAAAUUAAGAGACUUUGUAGAAUAUUACAACUCCCCCUCUCGUACAAGAGUAUUAAAUGUCAUAAGUCUUGAAUUUACUAAUACUGGUCUUUCACCAAUGGUUGAAGCACCGUACAUCGCGCGCAAACUCGACUGGGUUAAUUCGGUAUGGCCGCGCGAUUGGCCCGAGGACAGUGAUAUAAAGCGACCCGAAGUACAAAAGUAUUGUUUAAUGGGGGUCAAAGACAGUUUUACAGACUUUCACAUUGACUUUGGCGGCACAUCUGUGUGGUAUCACGUGUUGCGCGGUGAAAAAGUUUUCUAUCUCAUCAAACCGACACCGGCGAAUUUGCAAUUAUAUCAGCAUUGGAUGUGCAGCUCAACACAGAGCGAAACUUUUUUCGGGGAUCAGGCUGAUGCGUGUUACAAGUGCGUGAUUAAACAGGGUCAAACAAUGAUGAUUCCCACAGGUUGGAUACACGCAGUACUUACACCGGUGGAUUCUUUGGUUUUCGGUGGAAAUUUUGUGCACAGUCUUAAUAUUCCGAUGCAAAUACAAAUAUAUGAAUUAGAAAGGAAGAUGAAGACUCCAACAAAGUUUCAGUAUCCUGGCUUUGAAACAAUUAAUUGGUUUGCGGCUAAGAAAUUGCUCAAAGAAUUGAAAGAAUUGAAUAACGAGGGGAAGAAAUGUCCAUCAUAUUUUUUACAAGGUGUGAAGGCGUUGCUUGGGAUUCUCAAGCAGUGGAACACAGAUAAGGAUUAUAGUAUGAUUAGUCGCGGUCAAAUACCAGAAACGAUAAAUAGCCAGAAAUUAUUGAAGGAUCUUAGCAAAGAGAUACGACACGCGGAAAGGUACUUAAUAUCCCUAAAUCCGCCAAAACCGGAACGUGAAAGUAAACGAAAGAAGAAAAAGCCAUUGAACAAAGAUUUCGUAGACUUCGAUUACGCCGAUAAGAUUGCUGAUAAUGCUUUUAAAGCGACAUUGAAGGAAACGAAUAAAGUGGAACAUACUUUGAUGGAACAGCCGUUAUCAAGGCCUCCGUUAAAACUUACAUUACCGAAACCCAUCAUGUUUCCCGAUGUUAAAGCGACCGCGACGAACAAACCCGUCAAUAGCAAUAAACGACAAUUAUCCAAGCCAGGAAAACAGAGCCCUACCGUAAUUAGAUUUAAACUUGGCAACAACGAGGUUGUCAGAAGUACGAACGAUAGUAUAAACGUUCAUGGUGGUAAUAUUACGACCGAUCACACAGCUCUCCGAACAGCGAAGGAACCGCUUUCGUGGAAUCAGACAUCGUCCGUGUACGAUUUUCACGACGGCAGCAAUGAGAGCGAAUAUGGUCUCGUUAUAGACGAGUCGCAAAAACGGAAACGGGCGCCGAAGUCGAACGCGCAGAAACGAUUUAAACGCGAUUACGACGGCGACGUCGAUGUGCUAAACGACGCGCCGAAGAAUGGUAUAGAGGAAUUGUUGAAAGCGUCGGCGUAUACUCUUGGAAACGGCGCUCAAAGGAUAGACGUUACGCCAUCGUCUAUAAUACAGCAGUACAGUCAAUCCAUGCCACCUCCCACUGGUUCCGACAGGGCGUCACCGUCCACGCGGGAGGCUAUCGCCGGGAUGUUAUCGUUUAGCCAGCAAAGUUACUCGACAACGAGUAAUCUUGCAAAAUCUUCAAGAUCUACCAAGAGCCAACAAAACGAUGACGAUGACGAUGAUGAUCAAUCGAUAGAAAAUAUCGACAAGGUUCACCAAGAUGAUGAUUUUAUUUAUCCAGCUUUAGACGCUUCUGACGACGAAGAUUAUAUCUUUAAACCUAAGGCAAAGAGUCAAAUCGAUGAAGCGUGGAAUCCGAAAGCCAGAGUGGGCCCUCUUUUACCAAAAACGAAUCGACCGGCACGGGAAGGGGUGAAGAAAACGUCAGUGGAAAAGGGUCUGGAAGCGGCCGCGGCGAAACGAGCAAAACAAUCGGAUGAAUACCUGGAUAACGACAUGGACAAGAUUACCAAGAAGAAAUUGGGUACCAACAAACGGACAUAUAACAAAAAGAAACAAAAGGAUCCUGUGGUCGCUGCAGUGGGGACUACAUCGUCCACUACAGCUUCUGAAAAUGUUAUAAAAUCAUCCAUCGGAUUUGGAUCAAUAUUGACUAGCCCCAAUAGACUUAGAGAUGUUAAAGCCAAACUUGCAGCACCGGUUCCCAUUGAACGAAAGCCGAAGAAGGGAAUGAAAACGGCGAAGCAGCGUCUGGGAAAGAUUCUGAAACUUCAUAAAAUGAUGCACUAAAUAAUAAUAAUAUAGAUAAUAUGAAAAAGAAGAAAAAAAAAAC